GUUUUUGGUUGCGGGACAUCACCGUGUUGUUGUGUUUUGUCGAGUGAAAACUGCGGUUCUGGUCCUGCUGGGCUCCAAGUCUGAGCUUCUGCUGCAGCCACAGCAUCUUCUCCAUCCGCAUCCUGAGAGUGGAGGACGGCGAGCCGCCACCAGUCCACGCCGUCAGCGCGUUGUGUCUGUGCGACCUGGCAGGCUCUGAGCGCAGCUCCAGGACCCAGAACAAAGGAGAGGACCUGAAGGAGGCUGGAAACAUCAACGCCUCGCUGCUCAUUCUGGGCAAAUGCAUCAAGGCUCUGCAGCACAACCAGCACACCAGGUGGAGGUUGUGAUCUCCAGGCUCCUCCCCGUCGUUCCUCCUGCUUCCUGCAGCAGGAAGACGCUGCAGAGCAGCAGCAGCUCCCUGAGCGGCUGGGAAGCCAGUCUGGAAGACCUUCAGCAGGGUGAAGACCAAGACUCCAGUCUGAUGGAGGACAGCAUGGAGGAGACGGCUGACAAGGUGAAGAAGUCGUCAUUAAUAAGAGGCUUCACCAGUUUCAGCUGCUGCUUCAGUCUGGAGGAAAUCCUGAGCCGCUCGCUGUGGACAGAACAUGUGAAUCAACCCAGUGCAGCUGCUGUGAACAUCUGGACCUGGUGUCAGCAGAACCAGUCUCACAUCUUCAGGAGGAGUAAACGAGCAACAACACAUAAGCAGGAGGAAGUGGGGACUGAGAACCGAAGGAACACCAGAACCAAGCUCACUCCAAAGAAAGCAGAGAGCUCUUCCUCAGGUUGUCGGUUUGACUCCCAGAGCAGCAGGAAGGACGGCACGCUGCAGAAGAUCGGAGACUUCCUGCAGAGCUCCCCGACUCUGCUGGGCUCCAAAGCCAAGAAGAUGAUGAGCCUGGUCAGCGGCCGUCUGGACCCAGACUCAGCAGCCGCCUCUUCCUCCCUCAGCCUGAGGGCCAAGAGGGGCAGAAAGAAACUCUACAGACCUGAAAUCUCCUGCCCCAUGGACAUGCCCCCCCACCCGAUGAUCAACCAGGAGACGGACGGCGAGGGCCAGAGCGACCAUGACAUCAUCAAACGGCGCCUGCGCAGCAGAGCGGCUAAGUCCUAGCGCUGCCCUCCAGAACGUUACUGUAGAAAUGAAGCUGCUGGUGACGGAUCGUUGUUCUGAGACGCAUUUAUUGGAUCGGUUCUGUGGAGGCCGACCCGUUAACACUAACCAGCAUUUAGAAGUUCAUGUUUCACUUUAUUAACCAGCAAUGGUUCAUCUCUAAUGUGCAAUCUGCUCUAACUUCACCUCCUAGAACACUUUGUGGAACGUUUAACGGUUCUGCUGUCUCACUUUAACCUGAAUCAUUAAGUUCUGACGGGUCAUCCGGUCUCAUCAGAGUCCAGAGCCAUCAUGUCCAGGAAACCAUCUGUUCCCAGAACCAUGAUCCUGGCCGGGUUCUCCUCCUGGUUCCUCUGAGAAGAACCCUGCAAACCAGAUGAUUAAAGUUCUCACGUUCCUCCUCCACACUGUGGAGAACCGUGAAUUCAGACGUUUCUGUCAGAGAUGGUAGAAAGCCUCGCCUUGCUUGACCUUCGCUGAUCUAACCAAACAUGGAUGGACUGAUGCAUGUGGGUUCUAAGCAGGUACCGCUUACAGAGUUCUCCAAGGUGUGUUUUUCAUGGUUAGAGCUGCUGACAUGUGAUGAAGGGUCAGAUAAAGACCUCACCUUUACACCUGGGUCCUUUACUCACCUGUAAUACAGUGAACGCUCGCUACAUCACGGUUCACCUUUCAUGGUCUCACUGCUGUGUUCUGCGUUCUGAUUGGCUAAACAGUCUCUCUGCUUCUUCUCUACCUGUGUGUCAAUAAUGUUGCAGUUUAAUAUUUACACGUACGUAAAACGGCCAAAUUUAAGUUUGGAAAUUCUCUUGCAAUUUCAAGUUUCUCUAAAACCAACCGGAGGCUCGCUUAACAAGAUCCAUCAGUCUGUCGUAGAUCCAUCAGUCUGUCGUAGAUCCAUCAGUCUGCCGUGGAUCCAUCAGUCUGCCGUGGAUCCAUCAGUCUGCCGUAGAUCCAUCAGUCUGCCGUAGAUCCAUCAGUCUGCCGUGGAUCCAGCUGUGAAUCUAAACAGCUUGGAGGAGACGGCUUUACUGACAUGACGCUGGAUCACAUUAAUGCCCU